GCUGUUUUUUAUUUUUUCAUAACACAGCUGACAAAGGUUGGGGUUGAGAGAGAGGAAGCUCUCUACUAGCCCUUCAAAAUACACAAAUUAAAUCUUCGAAAUAAGAGAGAGGAUGUCUGUGGCUGCACUCCGUAUGAUACGCUGCAGGAGGCUGAGCAGCACCACUGGCCCUGGUGUGAAGAAGGUGCUGCCGUGGAGGGACAUCAGGAAAAUUGCAAAGGUGACCGGAGCUGUCAUAUUGGGGGGUUGUGUGUUUAUAACAUACGAGGUGGUUUCCUUGAACCAGGCGGUGAGCAUCGACAUGCAGGCUAUUCAGCAGGAAAAGCUAAAGUCCUACAUCUACCUGUCAGCCACGCCCUCUAAAGAGCAGGAGAACAUUGGCACAGGGCUCACAUAUAAGGCCAGGAGAGAACUUCAUAAAGCAGCAAGGAGGUUUCUGGAAAUUUCCUCAAGGAUUCUUCUGAGGCCUCUGGAUGAGCACCUGAGUCGUAUGGAUGCGGACCCUCAUGAGGUGGCGCUGUGGGUCCUGUUGAAGAGGGCUUGUUCAGCCAAUAGGACCACCAGACUGUCAGCUGUACAGGAGCUGGCCCAGAACCACCACUGGCAAGACUACCAGUACCAGACAGCAGCCCAGGCCAUAGACCAGAGGACGGCAUUGGGUCUGGCCCGCACCUCUCAGGUGGACCAACGCUUCUUCCUGUCUCCGCCUGUUCUGCCUGGGGUGGAAGAUGGGUUGUCUGUAGAGGAUGGUCUGAGGCAGCUGCUGGCGUCUCUCCCCCAGUCUGAGGUGGACCAGUGUGUCCAGUACUUCACCUCACUGGCCCUGAGGGAGAGUACCCAGUCCCUGGCCGCACAGAGGGGGGGUCUGUGGUGUUUUGGGGGGAAUGGAUUGCCCUAUGCCCAAAGCCUCACUUCUGUCCCUACUGAGAAAGUUGAGUCCUUCUGUCUGCAGGCCCUAGUGCAGCACUCCAAGGUCCAGAGUCACUGCGACCACAUCGUGGCCAACGGGGGCCUGCAUCUCCUUCAGAGGGUCUACCAGCUCCGCAGAGACUCCCCGAAGAUCCAGAGGAACAUUGUACGCAUCAUCGGCAACCUGGCUCUCAACGAUAGUGUGCACCCGGCCAUAGUUCAAUCAGGUUGGGUGUCAGUGCUAGCGGAGAUGAUGCAGUCUCCACACAUCAUGCAGGCGUCUCAUGCUGCUCGGGCUCUGGCCAACCUGGACAGGGAGACGGUCAAGGAGAAGUACCAGGAUGGAGUCUACGUGUUACAUCCCCAGUGCCGAACCAGCCAGCCAAUCAAAGCGGAUGUUCUCUUUGUCCACGGGCUCCUGGGGGCGGCCUUUAAGACGUGGCGGCAGCAGGACUGUGACCCUACGGAGGAGAAGGCGGCGGGGGCCAGCGAGGACUACACAGAGUGCUGGCCCAAGUCGUGGUUGGCUGCGGACUGCCCCAACCUGAGGGUUCUAUCUGUGGAGUAUGACACUCACCUGAGUGACUGGAGAGCCAAGUGUCCUGUUGAAAACCAGAGGAUGUCUCUGGCCUAUAGGAGUCGAGAGCUGCUGAAGAAGCUAAAGUCAGCAGGAGUAGGAGACAGGCCUGUGGUCUGGGUUUCACAUAGCAUGGGAGGUUUGCUGGUGAAGAAGAUGCUGUUGGAUGCAUCGAGAGACCCAGACAUGAGAGAACUGAUGAAGAACACCAAGGGCGUCAUGUUCUACAGUGUGCCCCACCACGGCACCUUUAUGGCAGAGUACUCUGUCAACGUCAGAUACCUCCUCUUCCCCUCCGUAGAGGUCCGGGAGCUCUGCAGAGACUCUCCUGCGUUGCGUGACCUGAAUGACAACUUCCUGAACAUGGCCAAGGACAGGGAGUUCAAUGUGCUGAGUUUUGCAGAGACUAUGCCCACCACCAUCGGCCCCAUGAUCAAGAUACUGGUGGUGCCAAUGCAGUCAGCAGAUCUGGGCAUUGGGGACCUGGUCCAGGUGGAUGUGGAUCACCUCAACAUCUGCAAGCCUGAGAAGAAAGACUCGUUCCUCUACAAGCGCAGCCUAAAGUUCAUCCAGGAUGCACUGAAGGGCUACACCAGCCACUGACACCAUCACUGACACCAGCCACUGACACCAGCCACUGACACCAGCCACUGACAUGUCAACAGCUGCUAUGAUGCUUGAAUUGGAAGAGGAAGGGGUACUGCCUCACAGAAACUGCCUCUCUUUGUUGCACAUGUAAAGAAACCAUAGAUUUGAUUAUAGUGUUUUACAAAAAAAGAUAUGUUUUAUGUACGUAUGGAGGAUUUUUGAGAACGUAUUCAUUGGGUUUAUUAUAGAAAAUGGCGCUCCACCUGUUCUCCAGCUAGAUCUCACUUAGCACUUAGCAGAUGAGUUUUAUUUAAAUGAUUUUUUAAAUGAUCUCAACCAUGUUUACAGGUAGUUUAAAGCUGUAAAAAAGACAUUGGAUAUUGACUUUGCUUCUUCUUCCCCUUUGUCCUUGAUCCUGGUCAAGUAGACAUUUUAACAUUCAUACUUACUGUAAUUUAACCAAGAGACACUGUACUACCCUGCACUACAACUCAUUCAUUGAUUACACAGUAUGAAUUCGUGGCUUGAGUGGUGUAUUUUGUAUUUGUAUUUAUUAUGGAUCCCCAAUAGCUGCUGCCAAGGCAGCAGCUACUCUUCCUGGGGGCCAGCAAAAUUAAGGCAGUUAAAAUUUUUUUUUAAACAUUACAAUGCAUUCGCAACAGAUUUCACAAUAUAAUAAGUGUGUGCCCUCAGGCCCCUAUUCUACUCUACUACCACAUAUCCACAACACAAAAGCCAUGUGUAUGUGUGUA